AUGCGAGGAUGUCUGCAGUUAGCCCGAUGGCUGAGCGCAGCGCCGAGAUGUCCGGCGGCGGGCCUCAAGUCGUCGGCUGGCUUUCCACUCCGGUCUAUUAAUUCCCUACGAUCUUUCACGACAUCUGCAACGUGGCACGCCCGAUCGAAGGCUGCUCCGAGCGCCCCGGAUUCUGACCUUGAACGCCGCAUCGCUGAUAUCCCCAUUGACCGAUUCCGCAACUUUUGCAUCGUUGCACACGUCGAUCAUGGCAAAAGCACACUCUCCGACCGCUUGCUCGAGAUUACGGGGACUAUCCAGCCUGGAAUGAACAAACAAGUGCUGGAUAAAUUGGAUGUUGAACGCGAACGGGGUAUCACUGUCAAGGCACAGACGUGUACCAUGAUCUACAACCACAAGGGCGAAGACUAUUUAUUGCACCUGGUAGAUACGCCUGGGCAUGUGGACUUCCGUGCUGAGGUAUCGCGUAGUUACGCCAGCUGUGGAGGAGCGAUCCUUCUAGUUGAUGCUAGCCAGGGUGUUCAGGCGCAAACAGUUGCCAACUUCUACCUGGCAUUUGCGCAGGGCUUGGAGUUGAUCCCCGUUAUCAACAAGGUCGACCUUCCGUCGGCAGAUCCGGAGCGGGCUUUGGAUCAAAUGAAGAGCACAUUUGAACUGGAUACGGAAAAUGCAGUGAGGGUGUCGGCCAAGACCGGACUCAAUGUUGCGGCCAUCCUACCAACUGUCGUUGAGAAGAUUCCAGCGCCUAUCGGCGACUCCAAGAAACCCCUUCGAAUGCUGCUUGUUGACUCCUGGUACGAUUCUUACAAGGGCGUGAUUCUCCUGGUUCGCGUUUUCGAUGGCGAGGUGCGUGCAGGUCAGCAACUCGUGUCGUUCGUGACAGGCCUCAAGUACUACGUCGGCGAGGUUGGAAUUAUGUACCCCACUGAGACCGCUCAAUCGGUUCUCCGGGCAGGGCAGGUUGGAUAUAUUUACUUCAACCCCGGCAUGAAGCGAAGUCAGGAGGCCAAGAUCGGUGACACCUUUACAAGAGUCGGGUAUGAGAAGACUGUCGAGCCUUUGCCCGGUUUUGAGGAGCCGAAGUCAAUGGUCUUUGUUGCAGUUUAUCCUAUGAACCAGGAUCUCUUCGAGCAUCUCGAAGACAGCGUUAACCAGCUCAUCUUGAAUGACCGUAGUAUUACGGUUCAAAAGGAAUCUUCCGAAGCGCUGGGUGCGGGGUUCCGCAUGGGAUUUCUGGGCACCCUUCACUGCUCAGUAUUUGAGGAUCGACUCCGACAAGAGCAUGGGGCGAGCAUCCUCAUCACUCCACCAUCCGUGCCAGUCAAGGUUAUAUGGAAGGAUGGUACCGAGGAAAUUAUCACCAACCCAGCCAAGUUCCCCGACGAUGAUAGCGUGCGUCUAAAGCUUGCCGAGGUCCAAGAGCCAUAUGUGCUGGCUACUUUGACAUUCCCUGAUGAAUAUCUGGGCAAGGUCAUUGAGCUUUGCGAGGCCAAUCGAGGCGAACAAGUAAGCAUCGAAUACUUUACCGCGAGCCAGGUCAUUAUGAAAUAUGAGCUGCCCUUGGCGCAUUUGGUCGAUGACUUCUUUGGGAAAUUGAAGGGCAAUACCAAAGGAUAUGCCAGUCUCGACUACGAAGAAUCUGCUUGGAGGGCUGGAAAUAUCGUCAAGCUCCAGCUAUUGGUCAACAAGGUUCCCGUUGAUGCCGUAUCCCGGCUCAUGCACAUGAGUCAAGUGGCCCGGCAAGGCAGGAUAUGGGUGACCAAGUUCAAGCAACACGUCGACCGACAGCUGUUCGAAAUUGUCAUUCAAGCCGCUGUGGGCAAGAAGAUCAUUGCGCGUGAGACUAUCAAGCCCUAUCGCAAGGACGUUCUGGCAAAGCUUCACGCCAGUGAUCCUUCAGAGGGUGCACAGAUUGAUCUGGGCAAGGCCCAGGUCAUUGACCGUGUCCCCAAAGUGAUCAAGGAGCUGAAAUUCGGCGUAUUCGCGGAAACGAUCACUAACAAACGGUGUCUCUCCAGGACGAAUGAUGAUAUUGUCGGCCAAGCCGUUGUCGAAGUCUCCGACAGAAAGUUUUUCGACCUCGACCGUGACCGCGCGGUCGUUGCCCAUGGCCCUCUCGAUGCGCGCAUGGGUAUUUCAAAUAAGACCUCAACCUGCCAAACAUGCGGAUAUCACCUCAAGGAGUGUAAUGGUCACUUUGGCCAUGUAAGACUAGUCCUACCGGCAUUUCACGUUGGUUAUUUCAAGCGUGUUAUUGGUGUGCUCCAGGAAAUUUGCAAGGAAUGCUCUCGCAUUUUGCUACCCGAGGCGGAACGGCGCUCCUUCUUGCGCGAGAUGCGCCGACCCGGUCUGGACAACCUACGAAGAACACAAAUUGCGAAGCGAAUCAACGAGCGAUGCCGAAAGACUCGAGAGUGUGAACAUUGUAACGCGAUCAACGGUGUCGUGAAGAAGGUCGGCUCGAGUGCGUUGAAAAUUACUCACGACAAGUUCCGCGCUUUCAACGCAUCAACCUCUGUGAAGAAGCAGCCCCCGCUGAGCAAGCAAGUUUUUGACGACUCCUUUUCUGAAGCACGAAACGUGAACGCUGAGGUCGAGAAGCAUUUCAAGAAGGCACAAGAUGAUCUGAAUGCGCUCCGCGUUCUCAAAUUGUUCAAGAAAAUCUCUGACAGUGACUGUGAGCUGAUCGGUCUUGACCCGAAAGAAGCACGACCGGAAAUGUUCCUGUGGCAGUUUAUCCCAGCCCCUCCCGUUUGCAUUCGUCCCUCCGUCGGACAAGAUGCUGCCUCGACUGAAGAUGAUUUGACUGCCAAACUCGGUGAUAUCGUCCAGAGCAAUAUCAACCUCAAAAAUGCCCUCCUGAAGGGUGCGCCAGUGCAGACCAUCAUGGAAUGUUGGGACUAUAUGCAACUCCAAAUCGCAGUCUACAUUAACAGCGAUGUGCCUGGUCUCAACAAGGCGGAUCUCGGAAAACCUAUUCGCGGUUUCGUUCAACGGCUUAAGGGUAAACAAGGUCGAUUCCGUGGUAACUUGUCUGGAAAACGUGUCGAUUUCUCCGGCCGUACCGUCAUUUCGCCCGACCCUAAUCUUCGCGUCGACGAGGUCGCCGUUCCGGAAUUGGUGGCGAAGAACAUGACUUACCCUGAGGUGGUCACUCGAUACAACAUCGAAAAGUUACGAGAACGAGUGCGUAAUGGGUCUACCAAGUGGCCCGGUGCCAAUUAUUUGUACAAAAAAGGAUCCACUUUCAGAACCAUGCUGAAGUAUGGUAGCCUCAAACAUAUGGCUAGCGAACUGCAAGAGGGUGAUAAGGUGGAGCGUCAUAUUGAAGACGGUGAUAUCGUUCUCUUCAAUCGACAACCAUCGCUGCACAAGCUCAGUAUUCUUUCUCAUUUUGCUAAAGUCCGACCGCAUCGAACUUUCCGACUCAACGAGUGUGUUUGUAACCCUUACAAUGCCGAUUUUGAUGGUGAUGAAAUGAACUUGCACGUCCCACAGACAGAGGAAGCCAGGGCAGAGGCUAUGGAGUUGAUGGGUGUGAAGAACAACUUGGCCACGCCCAAAAACGGCGAGCCUAUCAUUUCUGCUAUCCAGGAUUUCAUCAGUGCUGCUUUCAUUCUCAGUAGCAAGGACAACUUCUACGACCGUGGCUCGUUCACGCAGAUCUGUCUUUACAUGCUGGGCCCACAGACCCGUUUUGACUUGCCUCCGCCAUCGGUUCUGAAGCCUCAGGCACUUUGGACGGGUAAGCAGGUCUUCAACAUAAUGAUGCGUCCCAAUACCGAUGACCCUGUUCUCGUCAACCUCGAUGCUGCAUGCCGUCAGUUCAAACAACCCAAAGACGGCCGACCAAAGGACCUAGAUCCUCAUGAUGCUUGGCUGGUCAUUCGCAAUUCUGAGAUGAUGUGCGGUGUCAUGGACAAGUCCACCAUCGGUUCCGGAAAAAAGGACAAUGUUUUCUACAUUAUGCUUCGUGAUUUCGGCCCUCCUGCGGCUGCCGAGGGCAUGAAUCGUUUGUCUAAACUGUCUGCACGAUGGUUCACUAACAUGGGAUUUUCUAUUGGCAUCACCGAUGUUUAUCCUAGUGACCGACUGGUUCAGUCGAAGAAUGACUUGGUGGAAACUGCUUAUGCCGCUUGUGACGAUGUCAUUGCCAAGUACAAAGCCGGUACUCUGGAGAAGUAUCCUGGUUGUGACGAGUUGCAAACUAUGGAGAACCAGCUGUCCGGUAUCCUGAGUAAGGUCCGUCAACAGGCUGGUGACGAGUGUAUCGAACAGCUCAGCAAAUACAAUUCCCCCUUGAUCAUGGCCACCUCCGGAUCUAAGGGUUCGAGUAUCAACGUCUCACAGAUGGUUGCCCUUGUGGGUCAACAAAUUAUCGGUGGACAGCGUGUACUGGAUGGUUUCCAGGACCGAACUCUACCUCAUUUCCCCAAAAACGCUCGCCAGCCCCCCCUCAAAGGGAUUCGUCUGGUCGAUACCGCUGUCAAGACUGCCGAAACCGGUUACAUGUCUCGUCGGUUGAUGAAGUCCCUCGAAGAUCUCUCGUCGCAGUAUGACGACACUGUCCGAAACUCAUCCUCUGCCAUCGUCCAGUUCCAGUACGGUGAUGAUAAGUUGGACCCGGUGGAUAUGGAGGGUAAAGCCAAGCCUGUCCACUUCGAUCGCACUUUCAUCCAUUCCGAGUCCACAACUUACGAUAACGACGAGCGAAGCUUGCUGCCUAACGAAAUCAUGGAAGUUUGUGAGCAGAUGCUCUCGCAGGAACGAGCUAAGCUUAUCCGCAAGGACUUGAUGGGCAAUCAGCUGGGCUAUAUGGAUCGCAGUGACAAUGGAAUUGAUCAAUUCGAGAGUGCUCGCGACUUCCUUGAUUCUAUCCAACAAUAUGUCCAAACCAAGGCUGACAGACUCAUUUCUCGUGGCGGUGACUUUGAUCCAUCAGACGCGAGGAGUCGGAAGGGCUUGGACCACACUGGCAAGCUGACUCGGACUACCCUAAAGGCCUUCAUCACGGCCUGUUUGCUGAAGUACAAGAGGGCGCAAGUCGAGCCUGGUCAUGCCGUCGGUGCCGUGGGUGCUCAAUCUAUCGGUGAGCCCGGUACGCAGAUGACUUUGAAAACUUUCCAUUUCGCUGGUGUCGCCGGUAUGAGUAUCACUCAGGGUGUGCCCCGUAUUAAGGAAAUCAUCAACGCUUCCAAGGAGAUCAGUACCCCUGUUGUGGCUUGUGAGCUGGUCACCAAGGACAGUAUCGCUGCAGCUCGUAUUGUCAAGGGCCGAAUUGAGAAGACAUAUCUACGAGAUAUCAUUCACUCUGUUACUGAGAAUUGGAACGGGAACGAGGCUUACGUCAAGGCCAGGAUCAAUUUCAAAACAAUCAAUGAUCUGCAGCUUGAGCUUCGUAUGCCCCAGAUCGUUGCUGCGAUCAAGAACCACAAGCGGUUCAAGGGCGAUGACCUCAAGUUCAGUACCACCGGGCGCUCUAUCAAGGUCACCAUUGAUCUGGAUCCGGCUAGCAAAAACAACUUGUCAAAGACUGAGAUCGCAGCUACCAGUGCUGACCCCUUCUUGCGUCUAAAGCAUCUCAAGCGUCUUCUGCCCUCUAUUCAGAUCCUUGGGCAUCCACGCGCCUACCGUGCUAUCAUCCGAACCGAUGAGACCUCCACUACCAACACCCUUCUGGUUGAAGGCUACGGUCUACGAGAGUGCAUGACUACAGUGGGUGUUGACGGUCUCCGAACCACAACCAACAACAUCAUGGAGGCCCGCCAGGUCCUUGGUAUCGAAGCUGCUCGAAGUACGAUCGUUACUGAGAUCAGUGAGGUCAUGAAGGACAUGGACAUCGAUCCUCGUCACAUGCAACUUCUGGCUGAUGUCAUGACUUACAAGGGUGAGGUACUGGGUAUUACUCGUUUCGGUCUGGCGAAGAUGCGUGACUCCGUUCUUCAACUCGCCUCGUUCGAGAAGACUGCAGAUCACCUGUUUGACGCCGGUGGUGCCGGCCGUACCGAUCUGAUUGAGGGUGUCUCCGAGUGUAUCAUUAUGGGCAAGACAAUGGGACUGGGUACCGGUGCAAUGGAGGUUGUCCGCAAGCUUAACUUCUACGAGGGACAAAUCGGUCCGCGCAAGACCGUUUUCGAAGACGCCUGGUCCGAACUGGGCGAGGUGCUCCCGAAGAAGCCCGUGAGGAGGGUUCGGUAG